UUUCUUUCUUCAAAAGAAUGUCAAUAACCAAAUUACCUCAACUGAUACCCCCAUUCCGUUUUGCUAUGGUAGAAGAAAACCUCUUCCGUGGGGGUUAUCCCAAACCACGAAAUAAACGAUUCUUGAAAAGAUUACAACUAAAGGCAAUACUUUCACUUAUUCCUGAUAAGCUAAUGCCAGAGAUGCAGCAGUUUUGUGAAGAGAAUAAUAUUCAAUUAAUACAUUUAAAUGUGGAUAAAAUGAAAGAAGACAACAUUCCUCUAACAUAUAAUAAAACUCUUAUGGCUUUACAAUUUAUUAUAGAUCCAAUCAAUCAUCCACUCUAUGUUCAUUGUUUAGACGGUGCAAACGUUACUGGUCUAGUCAUUGCCUGUUUACGAAAGCUACAAAUGUGGAGCAACUCAAGUGUGAUGAAUGAAUAUGCACGACAUUUGCAUACUAAUGUAAUAUCAAGUGAAGAAUUCGAAUUUGUUGAAAACUUUAAAAACUUCGAAGUAACCAUACCAAUCACACUUCCUCAAUGGCUCUGGGGCGGACAAGUGAAAUUCAGAAAGCAUACCAGUCUACGGCUCAAAUUUCUGAACUCGGAAAUGAUGACAGAGGAGGAACGAGAGCUGAAGAACUUGAAGGAGAAGAAAGAAAAGGAAAAGGAGGACUAUUAUAAAAAGAGAAAGAAUGAUUUACUCGAUAACCUAUUUGAACCUACCUCGCCAGUAUCUAUCGAUAGCAUCUAAUAAUACAAACACCACACCGCCUUUACCAAAACCUACGGCGACCAUGAUAGAUGAUCCACAAGUCAAUCCACCACAGUCAAGGAGUAAAAAAGAAAUGGAGAGCACAAAGGACUCUUACUUGGUUGAUGUGGAUGUAGAUGUCGAUGGUGUCAUGAUGGACGGCCUUGAUCAGGUGGAAUACUUGAAGCGUAAUGUUGCAAACUCAUCUAGUGCUCGGUUCUAUAUGAACCUUGAUGACUAUAACAUGCUCUUAACCGAUGAAGAGCUAGCGGAGAUUUAUGAAGCGGAAAAAGGAACAAGAUUUACGACAGAGACUAUUAGUCGAACACUAGAAGCAUUAGCAUUAGAAGGACUCACUGAUUUGUAAAUGAACA